CGUCAUCCAGAGGCGCCGGGUGUCUGUUUCCCGGACUGGGUGAAAUGGCGGAGCUGGCGGCGCUGGUGUGGAUUCGCGGCCCCGGCUUCGGCUGCAGGGCGGUGCGGGCUGCCUCGGCCCCGUGCUCCGUCCGAGACCUUAUCCACCGACACUGCCAAGAUCAGGAUGUUCCAGAGGAGUGCUUCUUUGUGAAAUGCAAUGGAUCGCUCGUUAACAUCAACGACACAGUACAGCAUGGAGCUGUUUAUAGUUUGGAACCCAGACUUCGUGGUGGGAAAGGAGGAUUUGGGUCUAUGCUCCGAGCACUCGGUGCUCAGAUUGAGAAGACAACCAACCGAGAAGCUUGCCGGGAUCUCAGUGGAAGGCGGCUCAGAGAUGUCAAUCACGAAAAGGCAAUGGCUGAGUGGGUAAAACAGCAAGCUGAGCGAGAGGCUGAAAAGGAGCAGAAGCGCCUAGAACGACUGCAGCGGAAGCUCGCAGAACCCAGGCACUGCUUCACCAGCCCCGACUACCAGCAGCAGUGCCACGAGAUGGCUGAGCGUCUGGAGGAUUCUGUCCUCAAAGGUAUGCAGGCCACCUCCAGCAAGAUGGUAUCGGCAGAAAUCGGUGGUGAGACUCGGAAGCGGCCUAACAAAUCAAAAAGAGACGAAGGAACCAGUGCAGCGAAAAGGAAGUGCUUUUGGUUGGGCAUGGAAGGACUAGAGACCGUGGAGGGGUCCGUCUCUGAGAGUUCCGAUGACGACAGUGAUGACGCACCGAGCACUUCAGGAAUGAGCUUCCAUGUCCCCAAAGCUGACAGCGAUGCUGUCGAGAUGGCGGUCGAAUGUCCCAGCAGUUCUCAGAGGGCGACAGGGUUACGUUCAGACUCCAGCUCACCAGGACAGCCGCAGGCCCGGGUGCCUGACUCCGGGAGUGGCGUUUCAGAGGACUCGUGUGCCGAGCUGGGAGAGGUGCCUCCCGAGGUGUCCGUGGAAAGGAAGAUGGCUACAGAAACGGAGAGAGCCCAGGAGAAGAAGGAAGCAGAGAGCAAAGAACCCACAGAAGAGGAAGCAGCUGAGGCCGAACUGAAGAAAGAGAAAGAGACAAAAGAAAUGACUGAUGGGGAGAGGGCCGCCAAGGCAGCGCCUGCAGAAGACGGGGAAAGCCCGCCUGCCGGACUGGAGGCGGGCCAGCCGGAUGUGGCUCAGGAAUCUGUAGAUUUACUGGCGUUCAGCUCUGUUGCAGACGUGGAGUCGCUGGGUCUGGAGAAGCUUAAGUGUGAACUCAUGGCCCGGGGGCUGAAGUGUGGGGGCACGCUCCAGGAGCGGGCAGCAAGACUCUUCUCCGUCCGGGGUCUGGCAAGGGAACAAAUAGACCCAGCUUUAUUUGCCAAGCCUUCGAAAGGGAGGAAGAAGUGAAUUUCAUCAGAGCCGAUUUCAUUUCUUUCUUGUCUGGCACGGAUAACCUGCGUGAUGUUGGCUCGUGGCCACUAUUCCUGUUGAUAUUAAAGCUGACUUUUUAAUAACUAAAUUCUAACUGGCCUCUUUUUCAUCAUUACAUUUAUAGAAUUAAUGUGUGAAACCAGCUGGUCUGACAUUUUUGUGGGAAGAUUUUUUUUCCCAACAAAUUUAAUAACAAUAAAGCUUAUUCAGAUUUUU